ACAUUAUUUAUUGAGUUGACUUUGUCUAAGAAAUUUAGUUUAAAAAUAAGAAAAUUCUUGAGAAUAGAAUAGAUUAUCCAAAUCUAACCUUGUCUCCUUCCCUCUUCGCUCUAGACAUGAUAGACCUCGCGACAAUCUUGGUCAUCGUCUCCAUCAUUGCGUCCCUUGCAGCAGCAGCGAAUUCAGUAGCAAAUACUGUGAAAACAAUUGUCGAAACUUUAGAAAAGACGCGAGGGAACGGAUGGAAACCAAAUGCAGAAUCUAGGAAAGUGCUUGCAAAGAUUAGCUCCAUGAUGAGCAAAUCAUCAUUUUCAAAGUUAGAGGGGAGUAAUUAUAAGAUCUGGAGCGGCACGAUGAAGAAAUGGCUUAUACAAUAUGAACUCUGGGACUUGCUGGAAAAAGGGUACGAAGAGAAAGGGCACAAAGAUAAGGAUUCAAAGAAAGAUCGCGAGAAGGAUUCCCUGAUUACCUUGAUUUUCCUGCUAGCAGUUGACCAAUCAUUUAGCGGCUGCGUUGUUGAUGCAAACAACUCAAAAGUGGCUUGGGCUGCGAUAAAAACGCAAUGUAAAGUCAAUCGCUGGAAGUCAUAUUUCUGUUUGACAUGUAAAUCAUAAAGGAGGUGCUCAUAGCUUGUUUCUGUUUAAGAUGUAAAUAAGCUCAACUGAAUUCUUACUCUAAAUUUGGUGUAUCUUUUUCUUUACUCUUUACCUGUAAUCCAAGCAUAUUCAAUUGUAUUUAUUUAGUUUCACCAAUUCAAGGACUAAAGAAAUUUGAAUUAAUUAUGUACUAGUUGAGUUUUUGCC